AUGCACGCCACUGCUGCUCUCCGCUCCGCUGCCCGGACUCCUCUGAUUCGCUUCCUUGGCCGUCGCUCUGUGCCUCAAGCUAUUGACCACGCUCCUCGUCCUCACCCCGCCUCUCCUACAGGCGCCCUCCCUGACUCUUUCGCUGCGUACCGUGUUAAGGCCCAGCAGCACGGUCCUCUGAGCCGCGGCUCGUUCGUUGAGGGCUCGAUCGGCCGUAGCUCGGGUUCCGCCUUGGGCCCCAUUCAGCCCAAGCAGGGAGAAUACUUCGACCGUGCUGAGCUUCCUCCUCGAUUCCAGCGUCUUCCAUGGAGCGAGGCUGAGAUUGAAGCCGUCGAGACUGGUGGUGCCAGUCUCUUCGCUUAA